ACCCUAAUUCCUAAACCCUUUGCCACUUCGUCGCUCGCUAUUUUCUUCCUUGCCCUCUUCAGUUUUGAUUUUACUUACUUUGUCGAAGAAGCAGCAUGAGACCUCCAAGAGGGCGCGGGGGAGGCGGAUUCAGGGGCGGCAGGGACGGAGGUCGCGGAGGACGAGAUGGGGGGCGUGGUGGGUUCAGGGGAGGCGGUCGCUUUGGUGGCGGCGGCAGAGGAGCCUUUCGCGAUGAAGGGCCCCCUGCCGAAGUUGUUGAGAUUUCUACAUUCCUCCAUGCAUGUGAGGGUGAUGCAGUGACAAGCCUAACAAAUGAAAAGAUUCCCUAUUUCAAUGCACCAAUUUACCUUCAGAACAAGACCCAGAUUGGCAAAGUUGAUGAGAUUUUCGGCCCCAUUAAUGAGUCCUUUUUCUCCAUUAAAAUGAUGGAGGGGAUUGUAGCCACGUCUUAUUCAGCUGGAGAUAAGUUUUACAUUGACCCUGCUAAGCUUUUGCCGCUCUCUAGAUUCUUGCCCCAACCCAAGGGACAGGCACAAGCUGGUGGCAGAGGUGGAGGGCGUGGAGGAGGGAGAGGUGGUGGACGAUUUGGCGGACGUGGCGGGGGUGGGUUCCGUGGAAGAGGUGCACCACGGGGUGGAAGAGGUGGUCCAAGAGGUGGUGGCCGUGGAGGUGGCUUUAGGGGCAGGGGAAGAUCAUAGAACGAAAUUAUGUACUUCAAUGUGCACUGUUCUUGUUUUAGCUGUUAAUCUAUGAUUCGAUUUCAAGCUGGCUGAAACGCUGCCAUUAUUAUCCACCUUCAGUCGUUAAUGGAAUCAACAGCUAUCUAGUAUUGCAAGUUUC